AUGGCUCCUGAAACAACAAAGCAAAGCCACUCAUCCUCCUCUGACGUAGUAGACAAGCACAAAAACCUUGAUCGCGAGGUCAGAGACAUGGUGAAUGCAAUAACAUCUCGUGUUGGAGAUCUUCAUAAGCCAGGCGGAUCGCAGCAGCUCCAACAGACGGAGCAGGAUGAACAUGGCGUAAGAAUCAUCACACUUGCUGGAACAAACACGGGAGCUACAAUGCGAAGCGAGUUGGAUGAAAAACUACCAAAUAAUGCUCCUCAAGAUGGCGUGUCAGGAGGCGAACCUGAGGCAUUGGAUACAUACGUCAACAGCAAUUUCCAAGCUGUGAACAACUCUAUCAUGCUAGGUAGCAGCUAUAACACCAAUGACCCUGGUGUUCAUUUGGAAAUUUCUGACAUUAUUGAACAACGUGGGUAUAAUAAACCAAAUAAGCAUGCAAAGAAGGGCAAGAAAAAGGACAAAGAAGUCCUCAAAUCUGACCAGCAAACCGAUCAUUCUGAAUGA